GCCAAAAAGAACAGAGAACAAAAUUUUUUCUCUCAUCACCUUUUCUCUAAUCAAUUUCUAUUUGGUAAAUUCAAUUAAUUUCCAUUCUUUUCUUAAUUAAAUGGUUAAUUUUUUAAUUUCUCUUCAUCUAUUAACAAGUUACCAUCAUCAGUUAAUCGAUUAAUUUUGGUUCUUUGUAAUUUCUUGAUCCAUUUUAUUACUUUUCAGUGAUCAUCCCAAUUCCAUGGAUUAAAAGUCAAAUUAAAUCUCUCAUCUUUUUUUUUCUUUCUUUCUUUUGGCUCUUACUUUUUUUUAUUGGAUUUUUUUUAUUUCCAUUCUUCAUUUAUUUUCCCUCUUUGGUUCUUUGUUAAGGUUCUUACCUUGAUUUGGCUAUUAUCGUUUUUCUUUUCUUUUGGUUUACUUCACCUUGUUGGUUCUUAUUCUUGGUUUGUUUUGGUUUAUUUUUUUUUCGGUGUUUAUCUGAUUCUUUGAAGACCUGAUAUCAUGAAACUUUUUACUCCGGAGAUUGCCUGGCACAAUCAAGAGCCUGUUCUUUCACUGGAUAUUAAAAAAAUUGACGCCAAUUUGUACAAAGCUGUUACCUCUGGUUCGGAUAGACAUUUGGUCGUAUGGAAGAUAACUUUGUCUCUACCCAGUGUUUUAGACUCAACUAGUGGAUCGUCUUGUACACUUAAGAAACAAAUCACCAUUGAGCCGUUAGCCGAUUUAAAUAGGCAUCCAAAAGCGAUUAAUGUUGUUAAAUUUUCAUCUAAUGUCAAUUUUUUUGCUUCUGGUGAUGAUGAAGGUAAUAUAUUUGUUUGGAAACUUCAAGAUAAAUCUGGAGAGCCCAUGGUAACUGGUGAUAACGAUGCUAGUGGAAGUGAUAAGAAACUAUGGUCUGGUAAUUGUUUUGAAGAUCCUGAUGGUAACAAUAACAUUGAAGAUUGGUGCUUAUAUAAAACUCUCAGAGGACAUAAUGAAGAUGUUGUUGAUCUUUGCUGGUCCCCAAAUGGUCAAUUUUUACUAUCCGGUUCAGUUGAUAAUGAUGCCAUUGUUUGGGAUGUAAAUAAAGGAGUUCGUAUUAGUUACCUUGCAGGUCAUAAAGGAUAUGUUCAAGGUGUUGCUUGGGACCCAGCUGACAACUAUAUUAUAACCCUUUCAACUGAUCGAAGUCUUCGUGUUUUCAAUACAUCGUCGAAAAGGCUCAUUUACAAAGUUUAUAAAUCUGCUGUUAAAAUUGACGAGGAUAAAGUUAAAAUGACACGACUUUUCUAUGAUGAUACACUACCAACUUAUUCCAGACGAGUUUGCUUUAGUCCUGGUGGUGAACUAUUAUUCGCACCCUCCGGAGUCGUAGAAUUAGAUCCGGAUGAAGAAAAUUUCAAAUUCACUAAUGCAGUGCACAUAUUUACAAGAAAUUGCAUAAAUAAACCUAAAUACUAUUUAUCAACUGGUAAUCUUUACAACACCGCAGUUAAAUGUUGUCCUCAACGAUUCGAGCUUAAACAAGAUUUAGCCAAUCCUUUCCCUUUUCCCUACAGAAUUAUCUUUGCAGUCGCUACCCAGGAAUCAGUUCUUCUUUUUGACACUCAACAGAUUGAACCUUUCGCUUCGAUUUCAAAUAUUCACUACACUCGACUAACUGAUAUAUCUUGGUCUGAUGAUGGUCGACUUUUGAUGAUCUCUUCCACCGAUGGAUAUUGUUCAUUUAUUAUUUUUGAUGAGUCAGAAUUUGGAAUACCCUACAAUGGUAGUUAUUAUAAAUACGAGGUUUCCACUCAAAAUGAUAGUUGUGCCUCAAGUCCAGCGAAAGAAGGACAAGAUAUCGAUCAACGUUCUCCCCUGGAAUCAUCGGCAUCUAAACCAAAAAGGACACCUGAAGUAACAAAGAUCACCAAUUUCUUUAGGAAACUUGAUAAAUCAGAUAUCAAAGGAAGUGUAAAAAGGAAAGAGGUUGUUGAUUUAACGAAUGCAGAAUCGCCAUUGAAAAAGUUUCAUUCAUCAAAAGAAUCAUCUAGUGAGGUUAAAAGACUUUUCUCUAAUCAGGAAGGAAUGCAAAAAGUUGAUGAUUCUAAUAAGGAAGCAGUUAAAGUAAACGAUAUUUCCGGUUAAUCGACAAGAUAUGUUAUUUUCUGAGUGACACUGAUUAGCCAUGAUUAUUAUUAUGUCUUCAUCAAGCAAUUUUCUUUUGAAAAGGUGAUUAAAACAAGGUUAAUCCUUUACCAUGCAGAUUUUACUUGCAAAGAUUUUUCUGGUUCUUCUCUGUCUCUCCCUCUCUACGAUUUUCUGGUUCCUAUAAAUAACCAAAUUGUUUGAUAAUAAAGCAAAAAGGAUCUUUCGAGGUCUUAAUUAUCAUACGA